AUGAACUGCGUGGUUGGUGAAAGCGAUGAGGACGAUGAUGAGGAGGACGAGGCGGACUUGAGUGCCGCCCGCUCUCAGGCCUUGAAAGAGGCCAUCAAGGAGGGCAACCUGGAGAUGGUCUCCGACUUGUUGGAAGAGGGGGCCGACAUACAGCACGCCUACGCCCAGGGUCUCACACCGCUUCAUCUGGCCGUUGUCCACGAGAAGUUGGAUAUUGUGCGCCUUUUGGUCCAAAGCCGGGCGGAUCCCUUGGCGAAGACCAUGGAUGAUGUCGCGAUGACCCCGCUGGACAUUGCGAAUAUGGAGGGCCAGCAGGACAUUUUCAAUGCGCUCUGCGAGGAAGCGCUCCCACACCCUUUCUGGAGGCGCUUUGCGGGUCCACUGUGUCUUCUGCUGAUCAUCGCGGGGAACGGUGUGAUCUUCCUGUACUUGAAUGAAACGGAUCUAGCGUUUCAGACGAGCGCCGUCUACAGGAACUCCAUCGUCGUUCUUGCAACUGCAUGCAUCGUGGGACUCAUGUUCGCAAAUUUUCUGGAUCCCGGCACGGUCGGGAGCGAGGAGGUUGCCUACGUGCAGGAGCUCCGGCGGCUUCCAAGCAUCGAGGUGACUCUCUCGCGUACCCCGGCCGAGGAUGAGACGUUCCGAUUGCUCACAGAUGAAAAGAAGGACGACGACCCAGGGCAUGCAGAAGACUCCACCUAUCGUUGGUGUCGUACCUGCCGCUUCUGGCGUCCGCCUGGUGUCUCGCACUGCGCCAUGUGCGGGAAGUGCUUCUGGCGGAUGGACCACCACUGUUGGGCUAUCGGAAAUUGCGUGGCCUUGCACAACCACCGCUUCUUUUCGGCCAUGGUAACUACUGGAGCUGCCGCCUGGGCCUUGGCGGCCAUCGCUGUAGCCUUGGGACUGGCGGAGGAAGCACAUGCUUUGCUCCAGCAGCCAACUUUGCCGAUGCUGGUCGCACUGGCCUUUGUUGUUUGGUCGAUGCUCGCCCUGUCGGUCCUCAUACCCUUUGCGGGCUUCCACAUGCUGGCCUUGCUUUGCAACGUGACUAGUAAAUCGACUUGCGGCCGCCGUCCACAGUGGAAUUCCCGACGCCUGAAUCGAUGCAGCGAAUACAGGCAGAUCUUCUGCUCACCGGUCGAGCUUCGACCCUGCGAAGGCUUGGAUGACUCAACGAGAAGAGUGCAUCUGAUUUAG